CCCUGGUCGUAGUCACUGUAGCGAACUCCUCGCGGGCGCGCCGCACCUGCACGGCAGUCGGAUAGUGGUGUGCACAACAAAGACUAACUUGAGGAUAUCGACAGAGCCGCGUCCGUUGGACUCUCAGCUCGGAGUCGUAGGAGAGCCCCGGAACAACCCCCAGGAUGCCGCCAUGAGAGCUCCGCCGCCGUCCGUCCUAGGCUCGCUCCCGUGUCGGACCACCACCGUCGGCGCGACGCGGACACGUCGGCGGCGAACAGGUGAUGUCUCCUGGACCAGGUGGGAAUCAUGGACCAGAUCCUGGCCUUUGCGUCUCUGAAUGAUGAUCCUGGUGCCCGUCUUCUUGGCUCUUCUGUGGUGUCACACAUGCCUGAACGUGAUGGGGGCGCUGCCUCGCGGCCCGCCUUGUGCACCACCUUGCGCACCGCCCACCAGGGAGAAGAGGCACAUGGCCGCGUCCGGAACACGCUCCGGCACGCGCCUUGUGGCCGGCCACUUGAACAACGCCCACAACCUGUACCUGCCCGCGAGCAGCGCGCCGCUGCAGGGCGGCCCGAGGCGCGUCCCGGUGCCCGACGGCAACCUGGACACGUUCCGGACCAUGGCGCUGGAGGAGGACCCCAUGCCCGUCGUGCCGCACCCUGGCGAAGUCGUUUCGUACUUUGUGGCCGAGGACCGAGGGCCGGCGUCCACGCCGGGCGCCAGCGUGGUACUGUUGGACCAGCGUCCGGCGCCCUUCGCCACCGACGUGCACCUGAUGGCCAGCUCCACGGCGCCGGGAGCGCCAGUGACUCCGCUGCUGAUCCUGGUGCCCAGUGGCCCCGCCGACGAGCCGUGGACCGCUUCCGUGAGUCCAAGACCACCUCCCUGGACGCCCUCCGUGAGUCCAGGGCCACCACCGUGGGCUUCAGCCGUGAGUCCGAGGCCGCCGCCGUGGACAUCCCACGUGAGCCCCAGCUCACCGCCGUCAUGGACGGCGCCCUGGAGCCCGUCCUGGCCGGCUCCCGGGAGCCCGACGACGUCGCCGUCGUUGCCAGCCCCCGUGGGCCCCAGGCCACCACCUGCGUGGGCCAGCCCCUCGCCGUCGGCGUCUCACCGCCAGCCGCAGUGGGCGCUGCCGGCGUGGCCCUCGGCCGGCGCUGGCCACCAGCAGCAGCCGGAUAGCGCCGAGGCGGCCGCCACCAUCGACCUGAUGCCGUCAGGACCAGAAUCCAACUCGGUGGUGCCGGCGGCACGCCCAGAGGCCACCCUUCACAGCCUGAGGAGCAACAUUAGCGCCCUGCUCGACAGCGUCCUGUACCGACCGCCUGCCCCCAGUGCCGCCCAGGACUCCGCCCACGCCACCCCCGGCGCUGCGCCCACCGCCGCUAACGACGCCAACGCCACCGCCUCUGAGGUCCCCGAGGCGCACGCUGCAGCGGAGCAGCCCUCGCAGACCUCCAGGGUGUGCACCUCCGCGGCUGACGGCUCGUCGGGGGUCUGCUACUCGGCGACCGAGUGUCGACGCCGAGGUGGGCUGUCGGACUUAAGUCGUUUCCAGUAA